AUGGACGUGGGUUUCGCGCGGCGUCUCGGGCGCUUGGUCGUCUACCGAGAGCGCUAUGAUCAACCACCGGAAAGCGCUUGUACGUUCGUGACAAACUCACUCAUUCUUGAAGGAAAAGUCAACGUGCUCUCUGAGAAGGAAACUGCGGACUUCCUAAUUUCUGUGACACCGGACAAGGAUAGGCGCGACCAAGUGGCAAAUGGCUUACUAUACUAUCUGCUCACCGAUGGCGUUAAUUUCAACAAGUAUUUCCGCUGCCUAUCAGUUAUUGCCAACGAUCAGUGGUAUGCAACUCUUUGUAACGUGAACAUGAUUCUGAUAGAACUGUGGCCCAAACUGCACGAGUCAUGCCGAGAACUCAUGCUGCAGUUUUUUCGAGAAGCCGUUAAGCUGAAUGUGCCGAAG